AUGAGGUUUAUUUCCUUCCUUGCUCUCUUGACGUUCACAAUCGCGGUUACUGCAAAGCACUACUGUCUCGGCGCAUGCGUCAAGUGCUACUGCGGCGAUGUCCUAUAUGACAGUCACUUCUGCCACGAGUGCAACUGCGACGAAAACGAGUACAAGUCGAAGAACGAAACCAACCCUCAGGGUAACUGCGAUCUACGGAGUGGCUUCCACCUCGACUGUGGCCUCAGGAUGAACGGGAGAUGCAGUUAA